AGGUAGGAGAAGAGUGAGUGAGUCAACAAGGAAGAAAAUUGUCCCGCGUCUUCAAAGGCAUUCUCUGGAAACUGGGGCUGGCUGGCUCAGGUUACAGGGCAGACAUAAAUAUCAGGUGCCUGCUAAGCCAAGAUUCAUUUGCCUGGAACUUCUGGAGAGGAAGCAACCUGCCAUGAUGCUUCCCCUUCUUUCCAUGUUGUUCCUGCUCACACAGCCCCCCAGUUACCUAGGAGCCGGAAUGACGAGUUACCAGCAGACAACAUUGGCCAACGCCUGCACCCUGGUUGUAUGCAGCCCCACAGAAAAUGGCUUCCCUGGCCAUGAUGGCCAGGAUAGGAGAGAGGGCCCUCGUGGAGAGAAGGGUGAUCCAGGUUUGCCAGGAGUUGUAGGGCCAGCAGGGAUUCCUGGACAAGCUGGCCCAGUUGGGCCCAAAGGAGACAAUGGUUUUCCUGGAGAGCCUGGACCAAAGGGAGAUUCUGGACCAAGUGGACCUCCAGGACCUCCAGGUGUUCCUGGUCCACUAGGAAAAGAUGGUCCCUCUGGAAAUCAGGGAAAUAUAGGGCCUCAAGGCAAACCAGGACCCAAAGGAGAGGCUGGGCCCAAAGGAGAAGUAGGUGCCCCAGGAGUUCAGGGCUCAGCAGGGACAAGAGGCCCCACAGGCCCUAAAGGGGAGAAAGGUACUCCUGGUGAACUUGGAGCCCCCGGAAGUGCUGGGGCAGUAGGGCCUGCUGGAGCUGCAGGUCCACAGGGAGCUCCAGGUUCCAGGGGACCCCCAGGACUGAAGGGUGACAGAGGUGCUCCUGGAGACAAAGGAGCCAAGGGUGAAAGUGGGCUUCCAGACAUCGCUGCUCUGAAGCAGCAGGUGGAGGCCUUGCGGAGGCAGUUACAGACCCUCCAGGCUUCCUUCUCUCACUGUAAGAAAGCCGAGCUCUUCCCCAAUGGCCAAAGUGUUGGGGACAAGAUAUUCAAGACAGUGGGCUCUGAAGCGAAUUUUGAAGGGGCACAGAAAAUGUGUACUCAGGCUGGUGGACAACUACCCUCCCCACGCUCUGCGGCAGAAAAUGCUGCUUUGCAGAAGCUGAUUGAAGCCCAGAACAAGGCUGCUUUCCUGAGCCUGACAGACACCAAGAAGGAGGGCACAUUUGUCUACCCCUCAGGGGAGCUCCUGGUCUAUUCCAACUGGGCCCCUGGGGAGCCCAACAAUCAUGGUGGGUCAGAGAACUGUGUUGAGAUGUUCACCAACGGCAAGUGGAAUGACAAGGAUUGUGGACAGCAUCGCCUCGUGAUCUGCGAGUUCUGAGCCCCUGGGGAUUCAGUGCUUGGUCCAAACCUGUGUGUUGCCAACAUCCUAAUAAAACGGUGACUUCUGCCAGCUGAGAGCAGCCAAAAGAACUAUUUCAGAUGCCUCUCAGAGUAAAAUGCAAAAUACCUUCCCACACUGAAGCCCAGCAGAGAAGGGGCCACCUGCUCUUCCAGUUGCAAGCAAUAAAAGUCACUUUCUGUGAUCCUUGUAACAAAACCCAAUGACUCCUCUCCAGCCCUCCUCCUUCACCAGCUCUCAGCUGCAUCCAGUUCAGCUGGCUUCUCCCUCCUCUUUCAAACUCUCCCUCCUCUGGGCUUUCAGGGACACUGUUGUUGCCUACAUUGAUUCUCAACCUCUGGCUGCUCCUUACCAGCCCCUUGCUCAUUUUCAUUGCUGUCCUUGACCACUUGAUGGGACAGUGCCAAGGCUCAGCUCUGGUUCUUUCUCUUUACACUCACAACAGAAUGAGCAUGCACACACACACACACACACACACACACACACACGGCUUCACAUUCCAUUGACAUGCUGAUGACUUCCACGUGUAGAUCCAUGUUCAGGACUCUCUCUAAACCCCAAACUUCUCUCAUUACAAUCUGGAGCCCCAGAGCUGGAGGCGUCUGUGACUGCUUCUUCCUAAGCCGAGGAAGCUGCACACAGUGCUCCUCCUAAUCCCUCUGCCCAGCAUCUCUGCAGCUCUGUCAAUGGCACAGGAAUGUCAGCUCACAGUUCUAAAGUCACUUCAGGGAACUUAUGAGCAGAGGGUGUCUGGCCUGGCUCAAAUCACCCCAAACCCUCUUUUGCCUGACAGUUCCAGCAAUCUUUCCCACUCUGCCUCACAGAUAAUCUAGCUAAUUCAUCCUCCUCUUUUUCCAAAUAUUGAAACCAAGGCACAGAGAGGGGAAGGGACUUAUGCAGGAACAUACUGAAUGGCAGAGUUGGAGCUGGGUCAUGAACAGGCCUUUUGGACCCCAAAGCUUGUACUUUGGAAGACUCCUGAAUAUUUGGUUCAUUUUAUUGACACAGCAUUUCAAAAAAUUACUUAAAUGACAUCUGUGUUUGAGAAAUGGGAAUGGAACUUGGGUGAACCAUAGGCCUGCAAAAGGGGCUCAAGUACCUUCUCCUGGAACUGGAAACCAUUCUCUCCUUUGUUCCCAAGGACCAAGGGUAUUGCUCUUUCUGGAUUGGGCCUCCAAAUCCCACCCCUCUUCCUAGAAGUACUGAACCCGUAUAUCAUGUCCAGAAAAAAAAAUAAAGUCACACUUCCAGGCCAUAUGCAGCCCAGGAUCUCUGCUAAGAACCUUUUCCUUUUACUGCAAAAGUCUCCAUUUCCUGGCACUUUGAAAUACAGAUCUGUUAUGCAAUAAAGAGCAAACAAUUCCCAGGUAUAGAGGCCACAC